AUGGCUUCGUCUCGGUUAGAGAUCAAUUUUAUCAGAUUGCUGUCUCGUUGCGAAUCCAUAGCGUCCGAGAAACGCGGAGAGACGGAAUGGAGACUAGACAAGUAUGUCGGUGCACUGGAGGAGAUGCUGGCGGCUUUGAGGAAGAACCCAAGCAAACCCACACAAGAAGCGCUGACAGAUUACACAAGAAAGGUUGAAUUUCUAAAGGGACUACUAGAGGCAGAGAAGCUGUCUUCCUCAACAGAAAAAGCCUUAGCCAAUCAGUUCCUUGCUCCUGGGCGAACACCCACGAUAGCCAGUGAGAGAAUGCCUGCCACAAAGACGGUCCACAUGCAAACCAAGGCCAGGUGUACAGGGGAGAUGAGGAAUGAGCUACUCAGCACGGGGCUUUCAGGCACAGGCAUCUCGGAAACAGACUUACGAAACAGAAGAGGGCUGCCUCGGGACGAGCGGCAGUCUGCUGCAGAGCUGGACGCUGUCCUGCAGCGCCACCACAACCUGCAGGAGAAGCUGGCUGAGGACAUGCUCAAUCUGGCCAGGAACCUGAAGAACAACACGCUGGCUGCCCAGAACAUCAUCAAACAGGACAACCAGACACUGAGCCAGUCUAUGCGUCAGGCUGACCUGAACUUUGAGAAGCUCAAGACGGAGUCGGAGCGACUCGAGCAGCACACCAAAAAGUCUGUCAACUGGGUCCUGUGGCUGAUGCUCAUCCUGGUCUCCUUCACCUUCAUCAGUAUGAUCCUCUUCAUCCGAAUCUUCCCCAAGCUCAGAUGAUGACUGCACACAAUCCCAAACACUUGCUUCUAUCUCCUCCACUGUUAACAGAGCAGUAACAACUUUGGCAGCCCACGUGUCUGUCCAAUGUGCCUGUAUGUGUUUCAUUACAGUUUGGUAGCAGCCAGUUCAAAAUCGGUUACGAGCCGCUUGUUGAAGAGGUUUGGAAUUUUAGAUAUUAUACAUUUUAACAAGCUAAAGUUAAAUUGUUAAAAAUGCAGGCAGUCUUUGCAAACAUCAGUAUCCCUUCUGAAAAUGGACCAGAAUUGACCCUUGAUAAUAAUGC